AAAGACUCUCGUCUUCAAAACAAAUGACAAACAUACGACAUUUUCUUCAUCGUCCAUCUCUUACAACCUUCCAAGAAGCCCGGCCAUUUUCCUUCACUUUCUAGUAAAAACAAAAACCAUUUUCUGGGGAAAAGAAACAAACAUGGGAGAGACAGAAACCAUGAAGACACACUAAACCAUAUAUACUACCUAUACUAAUAUAGUAAUAUUCAUUCCAAUGGGUAACGGAGAAAAACUCAUACACUGGAGCUUCCAUUUCCCACGUCUCCAUCAUCAUCAUCACCAUCACCAUCAUAAUCAUCAUGAACAUGAUCAUGAAAAGGUACCAAAAGGCUGUUUGGCAGUGAAGGUAGGACAAGGAGAAGAGCAAGAGAGAUUUGUGAUUCCCGUUUUGUAUUUUAAUCAUCCUUUGUUUGGACAACUCUUGAAAGAAGCUGAAGAAGAGUUUGGGUUCGCUCAAAAAGGGACAAUCACGAUCCCUUGUCACGUCGAAGAGUUUAGGUACGUUCGAGGAUUGAUAGAUCGAGAAAACUCUAGAUCCCUCGGUAUUUAUAAUACUCUUGAUCAUCACCACCAUCACCAUCAUCAUCACAACCACAACCAUCUCAUCCGGUGUUUUAAGGUUUGAUCAUUUUAUUUUAUGAUGAUAUAACCAAGAAGUUCUGAAUAGAUAUAUAAUUUUCUCGGACCGAAGACCAGAACAUGUUAAGUUACUGUAGUUCCUUAAUUUAACUCCGGUGUUCGGUACGGUAUUCGAACUCGUGAUCUUGAAAACUUUCCCAUUUGGAUGGCGAACAAGUAUACUAAUUGAGUCAUGGACGCCAGCUGGUUUGAUGAUCUUGUUUUGGCCUCUUUAAUUCAUAUGUAUCGUGUUGUUGUUCAUUGUGAAUAAAUCGAUCUUCAUUUCAUCUUA